UUAGUUUAUAAUUGGGACAAUGUACCGCUGUGUUGUUUCGUCCAAAAAAUUCAUUUGAUGGAUUCAUUUGAUGCAUACUUUAAAAACUUUUUCUUGCAAGGACAGUUCUGAUUCAAUAGAUCUAGAGAUGCAUGAAGAAAGAAACUGGCAAAAAGAUGCUCAAUUUGCCAACAAGUUGACCAAGAUAUGCUUUGACCACUAUGCAAACAAGCUGCCUAAAAAGGGAAAGCCUGUGCCCAGGAGAGAGUGGACAUUGUUAGCUGCAGUUGUCAUGACAACAGAGAAGACAAACGGUGCUUAUGAAGCCAAUCUGGUGUCAUUAGGAACAGGCUCCAAGUGUAUUGGGCAGGCGAAGAUGAGUAGCAAAGGUGACAUAUUGAAUGACAGCCAUGCUGAGGUCAUGGCAAGAAGAGCCUUCCUCAAGUUCCUGUAUCAUGAACUGGCUGCUGCCUAUAGAGGGAGGGAAAGCAGGGUCUUCCAGGUGACAGAAGAUAAAACACACUGUCGUGUCAAGACUGGGGUAGAUUUUCAUCUUAUUACAAGCCACACACCAUGUGGCGAUGCAUCUAUAUUUCCCAAGACAAGCUGUCAAAAUACAGAACUGACUGGUGCCACUGGUGAUAUGGCACAUACAUGCAGCAGCACAGGUGAAAACAGUUCUUUAGGAGAGCUGUGUGGGCCUCCUGCUAAGAGAGCAAAGACAGAGGAUUUACCUGCCACAACUUCUGAGAGAAUGAAUGAGAUUCUCUCCACUGAAGCACCUGACAGUGAUCUGCCAGGUGCCAAAAAUGCCUGUGAUAUCCAAAAAGAUGGUGGAAAUGUUUCUGAUCAAGUGUCACCUAACAACUGCAGUAGUUCAGACAUAAAUGCAAAAGUUCAUAUUUUGCAGCAGAAAGAGUUACAGAUGGGAAAAUCUCAUUUAAGCUUAAAAGCAGGAAAACCUGCAUCCCAACCAUCAAGCCAAGGUUGUUUUUAUGGGUCUACAAUGAAGACAGACCCUGAUCAUGUGCACGAGUUUGAACACAUGCUAUCUUCUAACAAUACAUCGAAUGGACUUGCUGGUGCUCCCAAAUGUAAUUCUGUUCACCCGUCAGAAAAAGGUAUUAAUCAAUUAGAACAAAUUUCUGGCAGUGGGACAACAAACAGGUCUUCACAUUCUGAGCAGGAAACAGAUCCAUCAUCAAGUACCUUGAAGAAAGAUAUUUACAGAACUGGUGCUAAGUGUGCCCCAGGGGGCGCCCAAGACACCCUGGGGUCAGGAGAUGAUUACCACAUCACUGGGGUCCUACGCACAAAACCAGGAAGAGGAGACAGGACAAUUUCAAUGAGUUGUAGUGAUAAACUUGGGAGGUGGAAUGUCUUGGGCUGCCAGGGGGCGCUUCUCAGUCACUUCCUGGAACGGCCAGUGUAUCUCAGCUCGGUCAUUGUGGCCAAGUGUCCAUUUGAUAAGAGCGCUCUCCAGAGGGCAGUUGUGGACAGGUGUCUUAGUGUGAGGGGUUUACCUGAGGGGUAUCAUGUUCAUCGCCCUGUGUUACUGCAGUCCAGCUUACAGUUUCAGCACAGUAAACAGGCAGUGGAACAACUGGCAGCAGGUGGAGCCAUUGCACCAUCACCUAACUCCAUUAUGUGGGCAAAUGUUCCUGGGUGUGCUGUAGAGGUAACUGUACAUGGGAAGAGACAGGGAGUGACAGCUAAAAACAGAGAUAAACCAGAAGCAAGGUGUUAUCUUUGUCCCUUGGAGUUAUUUCAAACAUUUGCAGGACUGCUUUCAGGAUUACCACAACACUCAGUACCAACAACACUCAGGGAUGCUUCACUGAAGACCUACGCUGAUUUUAAGAUGGCUGCCUCUUCCUACCAGAGAGCAUGGAGCCAGUUGAAGCUUGUGUUCAGUACAUGGGUCUCCAAACCAGAGAACCUACGCUUAUUUAUGGGCAAUUUACCUCUGAAUAACAUAGUAUGUGAACAAAAUGGAACAGGCUGAUGCUACCCUAGGCUAAAACACUGACUUAAAGAUACUCUGAUGAUGAAAUGCUAUAUGCAAUAUAUUACAAAAUACUUUGUUGAUUGAUUAAAUAUAUACUUUUAUAUUUUCAUAAUUUUAUUAGGUACAAGAAGCAAUUAAGUACUAGAUUGUGAGACAGUUUGUAUUUGGACUUGAAUCAGGUUAUAUUGUAUCAUUUGGAACACCAUCUGUGAAAAUCACUAAAUAAGUGCAAUAAGACUUAAAUGUAGCAAAAAAGAUUUUUCGAAAUUCCUGGAAAUUUAAACAAUUUUUCCUUUAUCACUUUUGAAAAAGGGGUGAGAAAAUUAUGCUCCAUAAACCUGUUUUCAUAGUAAUUUGUGAUUUUUUUUUUACUUUUACUAAUACUGAUGAAAUUCACCAGUAUCCAUCUUUAUUACAAGACAGUCAAAAAAUUAAAAAUCUUUCUGUAAAAA